CCUUUUCUUCUAUUCGGUUCUCCGCGGGGCUGCCUCCGUCUCCUGCCACUGCCGCCGCACCACCUGCCAACCCGGGCACCGGAGGCAGCAGCGCCCGGGAGGCAAGAGCGAGCCAUGGCUGAAAUGGGCGAAGGCGAGGACGAGAUACAGUUCCUGCGAACUGAUGAUGAAGUGGUUCUGCAGUGCACUGCUACAGUUCACAAAGAGCAACAGAAAUUGUGCCUUGCCGCAGAAGGAUUUGGCAACAGGCUCUGCUUCUUGGAAUCCACUUCAAAUUCUAAGAAUGUUCCUCCGGAUCUCUCCAUCUGCACUUUUGUGCUGGAACAGUCCUUAUCAGUGCGAGCUCUCCAGGAAAUGCUGGCUAACACAGAGGAGAAAGCAGAAGGGCUAGUUGAUGUGGAAAAAUGGAAAUUUAUGAUGAAGACAGCUCAAGGUGGUGGUCAUCGAACACUCCUCUAUGGACAUGCAAUAUUACUCCGGCAUUCUUACAGUGGCAUGUAUCUGUGUUGCCUCUCCACCUCACGAACAUCAAUGGACAAACUGGCAUUUGAUGUGGGUUUGCAGGAAAAUACCACAGGUGAGGCCUGCUGGUGGACUAUACACCCUGCUUCCAAACAGCGUUCAGAAGGAGAAAAAGUACGUGUUGGGGAUGAUCUAAUCCUUGUCAGUGUCUCUUCAGAAAGAUACUUGCAUUUAUCUUAUGGCAAUGGCAGCUUACGUGUUGAUGCAGCUUUCCAGCAAACACUUUGGAGUGUUGCCCCAAUCAGUUCUGGAAGUGAAGUAGCUCAAGGUUAUCUGAUAGGAGGUGAUGUGCUGAGGUUAUUACAUGGUCACAUGGAUGAAUGCCUGACCGUCCCUUCAGGUGAACAUGGAGAAGAGCAGAGAAGAACUGUCCAUUAUGAAGGUGGUGCCGUGUCAGUUCAUGCUCGUUCUCUUUGGCGAUUGGAGACUUUGAGGGUUGCGUGGAGUGGAAGUCACAUUAGAUGGGGGCAGCCAUUCAGAUUAAGGCAUAUAACAACAGGGAAAUAUUUAAGCCUCAUGGAUGACAAGAGUCUUCUUCUAACAGAGAAAGAGAAAGCUGAUGUGAAAUCUACAGCGUUUUGCUUUCGGUCUUCCAAGGAAAAACUGGAUGUGGGGAUAAGAAAAGAGGUGGAUGGGAUGGGAGCACCUGAGAUAAAGUAUGGAGACUCUGUCUGCUUUAUACAGCAUGUUGACACGGGUUUGUGGCUUACAUACCAGUCAGUGGAUGCAAAGUCUGUAAGAAUGGGAUCUGUGCAACGCAAGGCUAUCAUGCACCAUGAAGGCCAUAUGGAUGAUGGUUUAACAUUGUCUAGAUCUCAGCAUGAAGAAUCCCGAACUGCACGUGUAAUUCGUAGUACUGUCUUCCUUUUCAACAGGUUCAUAAGGGGCCUUGAUUCUCUCAGCAAGAAAGCAAAGUCUUCCACAGUUGAUUUACCUAUCGAAUCAGUCAGCCUUAGUCUCCAGGACUUGAUUGGUUACUUCCAUCCACCUGGCGAGCUUUUAGAGCAUGAAGACAAACAGAACCGACUAAGAGCAUUGAAGAAUCGACAAAAUCUCUUCCAGGAAGAGGGUAUGAUCAACUUGGUGCUUGAAUGUAUUGAUCGCUUACAUGUAUAUAGCAGUGCAGCUCAUUUUGCUGAUGUGGCUGGGAAGGAGGCAGGAGAGUCCUGGAAAUCUAUUCUAAACUCAUUGUAUGAACUACUAGCGGCUUUGAUUAGAGGAAAUCGUAAAAACUGUGCACAGUUUUCUGGAUCUCUUGAUUGGCUCAUCAGUAGAUUAGAGAGAUUGGAAGCAUCUUCUGGAAUCCUUGAGGUUUUACACUGUGUGUUGGUGGAAAGUCCAGAAGCUUUAAAUAUUAUUAAAGAAGGACAUAUUAAAUCAAUUAUAUGUCUUUUGGACAAACAUGGGAGAAACCAUAAGGUGUUAGAUGUUUUGUGCUCUCUCUGUGUGUGCCAUGGAGUAGCUGUGCGAUCUAAUCAACAUUUGAUCUGUGACAAUCUUCUGCCAGGAAGAGAUCUCCUUCUCCAAACACGCCUUGUCAAUCAUGUGAGCAGCAUGAGACCCAAUAUUUUCCUUGGAAUCAGUGAGGGCUCUGCUCAGUACAGGAAAUGGUAUUAUGAACUAAUGGUUGACUAUGUGGAACCAUUCACAACAGCAGAAGCUACUCAUCUUCGUGUGGGUUGGGCUUCAACAGAAGGCUAUUCACCAUAUCCUGUGGGAGGAGAAGAAUGGGGAGGUAAUGGUGUUGGUGAUGACCUAUAUUCCUAUGGCUUUGAUGGACUUCAUCUAUGGUCAGGCUGUGUAGCAAGAUCUGUGAAUUCUCCCAACCAGCAUCUACUAAGGACUGAUGAUGUAAUCAGCUGUUGCCUUGACUUGAGUGCUCCAAGCAUUUCAUUCCGGAUAAAUGGGCAGCCAGUCCAGGGGAUGUUUGAGAAUUUCAACAUAGAUGGUCUUUUCUUUCCAGUUGUCAGCUUCUCUGCAGGGAUAAAGGUACGCUUUUUGCUUGGAGGCCGCCAUGGGGAAUUUAAAUUCCUUCCACCUCCAGGAUAUGCUCCUUGUUUUGAAGCUAUUCUGCCAAAAGAGAAAUUGAAAGUGGAACACAGCAGAGAAUACAAACAGGACUGCAACUGCACAAGAGAUCUACUGGGUCCAAAUAUCUCUUUGUCACAAGCAGCUUUCACUCCAGUACCUGUAGAUACCAGUCAGAUUGUCUUGCCUCCACACCUGGAAAGAAUUAGAGAAAAGCUAGCUGAGAAUAUCCACGAACUGUGGGUUAUGAAUAAAAUUGAACUUGGAUGGCAGUAUGGUCCUGUUAGGGAUGACAAUAAGCGACAGCAUCCAUGUUUGGUGGAGUUUGCAAAGCUGCCAGAACAAGAAAGAAAUUAUAAUCUCCAAAUGUCAUUAGAAACACUGAAAACACUGCUGGCAUUAGGUUGUCAUGUUGGAAUUGCUGAUGAGCAUGCUGAAGAAAAGGUGAAGAAACUAAAACUUCCAAAGAAUUAUCUGUUGUCUAGUGGAUACAAGCCUGCUCCUAUGGAUCUGAGUUGUAUUAAGCUGACCCCGUCUCAGGAAUCCAUGGUUGAUAAACUGGCAGAAAAUGCUCACAAUGUAUGGGCAAGGGAUCGAAUCAGGCAGGGUUGGACAUAUGGAAUCCAGCAGAGCCAGCCAGCCAGCCAGCAGAAGGACCACACGUUAUUUAGUAUCCCCUCUUCACAGAACUGUGCUGACAUCAUUGAUGACAGGGAUCACAAACAAGAUGUGAAGAACCGGCGAAACCCUCGCCUUGUCCCCUAUGCUCUUCUAGAUGAUCGCACCAAGAAAUCAAACAAAGAUAGUCUGCGAGAAGCAGUCCGUACCCUCAUUGGCUAUGGCUAUAACCUUGAGGCUCCAGAUCAAGACCAUGCUACAAGACCAGAUGUGUUUUGUGGUAUGAUGGAAAGGUUUAGGAUCUUCCGCACAGAGAAGACCUAUGCAGUGAAAACUGGGAAGUGGUACUUUGAGUUUGAAGCAGUGACGUCAGGGGACAUGAGGGUUGGUUGGGCCAAGCCAGCUUGUCAACCAGAACAAGAGCUUGGGUCAGAUGAACAAGCAUUUGUGUUCGAUGGAUUCAAGGCCCAACGGUGGCACCAGGGAAAUGAACAUUUUGGCCGUUCUUGGCUGACAGGGGAUAUUGUGGGGUGUAUGGUUGAUCUCAAUGAGCGCACCAUGAUGUUCACUCUAAAUGGUGAAAUCCUUCUAGAUGACUCAGGUUCCGAACUUGCAUUUAAGGACUUUGAGGUUGGUGAUGGCUUUAUACCUGCAUGUAGCCUGGGAUUGUCACAAGUGGGCAGAAUGAACUUUGGCAAAGAUGUUAGCACUCUGAAAUAUUUCACAAUAUGUGGCUUACAAGAAGGCUAUGAACCUUUUGCAGUGAAUACAAACCGGGACAUCACCAUAUGGCUGAGCAAGAGACUACCACAGUUUCUUCCAGUACCACCAAAUCAUGAACAUAUUGAGGUUACAAGAAUAGAUGGAACUGCAGACAGCUCCCCAUGCUUGAAGGUCACACAGAAGUCAUUUGGGUCUCAAAAUAGCAAAACAGAGAUCAUGUUCUAUCGCCUCAGCAUGCCUAUUGAAUGUGCAGAAGUAUUCUCUAAAAUUCCUGGAGGAGGAGUGCCAAGUUCAAGUCUUCUUGGCCCAAAGAAUGACUUGGAUGAUUUCGAUGCAGAUUCUGACUUUGAAGUCCUUAUGAAGACUGCUCAUGGUCAUCUCGUACCUGAUCGUGUAGAAAAAGAAGCUGUAAAAACGGAGUUCAAUAACCAUAAAGACUACACACAAGAGAAGCCUUCACGACUCAAGCAAAGAUUUAUGUUGAGAAGGACGAAACCAGACUACAGCACAAGCCACUCUGCAAGACUCACUGAAGAUGUCCUAGCUGAUGAAAGAGAUGAUUAUGAUUACUUAAUGCAAACUUCUACGUAUUUCUACUCUGUGCGUAUCUUUCCUGGGCAAGAGCCUGCUAAUGUUUGGGUAGGCUGGAUUACAUCUGACUUCCAUCAAUAUGAUACAAGCUUUGAUUUGGACAAAGUCCGUACUGUUACAGUAACCCUAGGAGAUGAAAAAGGGAAAGUUCAUGAGAGUAUCAAACGAAGCAACUGUUAUAUGGUAUGUGCAGGAGAAAGCAUGAGUCCAGGACAGGGGCGCAAUAACAAUGGAUUAGAGAUUGGUUGUUUGGUUGAUGCUGCAACUGGAAUCCUGUCCUUCACAGCUAAUGGCAAAGAAUUAAGCACUUACUAUCAGGUUGAACCAAGCACUAAAUUAUUUCCUGCAGUAUUUGCACAAGCUACAAGCCCCAAUGUUUUCCAAUUUGAGCUAGGAAGAAUAAAGAAUGUCAUGCCAUUGUCAGCUGGCUUGUUCAAAAGUGAGCAUAAAAAUCCAGUUCCCCAGUGCCCUCCCCGUCUCCAUGUUCAGUUCCUGACGCACGUGCUUUGGAGCAGAGUGCCAAACCACUUUCUGAAGGUGGAUAUAUCACGGAUCAGUGAACGUCAAGGAUGGUCAGUGCAGUGCCUGGAGCCUUUGCAGUUCAUGUCCCUUCACAUCCCAGAGGAAAACAGAUCUGUAGAUAUUUUAGAGCUGUCUGAACAAGAAGAAUUGUUAAAAUUUCACUACCAUACUCUCAGGUUGUACUCAGCUGUUUGUGCUCUUGGGAACAAUCGAGUUGCAUAUGCAAUGUGCAGCCAUGUUGAUGAAUCUCAGCUUCUGUAUGCAAUUGAGAACAAAUAUAUGCCUGGCUUGUUGCGUGCAGGUUAUUAUGACCUUCUCAUUGACAUUCACCUUAAUACCUAUGCCACCGCAAGGUUGAUGAUGAAUAAUGAAUUUAUUGUUCCAAUGACAGAUGAGACUAAAAGCAUCACUUUAUUUCCUGAUGAAAACAAAAAACAUGGCCUGCCUGGCAUUGGACUCAGCACCUCCCUGCGGCCCAGAAUACAGUUUUCUUCUCCCAGUUUUGUAAGAAUUAACAAUGAAUGUUACCAAUACAGUCCUGAAUUUCCUCUGGAAAUUUUAAAGGCUAAAACAAUAGAGAUGUUGACAGAGGCAGUUCAGGAAGGCAGCCUUCAUGUCAGAGAUCCAGUAGGUGGUACUACAGAGUUUCUAUUUGUUCCUUUGAUCAAGCUUUUUUACACUCUACUUAUAAUGGGAGUCUUCCAUAAUGGAGACCUGAAGCAUAUCCUGCAGCUGAUUGAGCCUAGUGUUUUUAAGGAAGAUGCAAGCCAUGAAGAUGAGACUCGGGUUCUAGUGAAGAAACUAGUUACAGAUGGACUAAAUUUGGAAGCAGGAGGGGAUGAAAUCAGAGGAGAGAAGAUCCCAGAAGAAGGCCUUCUUCAAAUGAAACUUCCUGAGCCUGUGAAAUUACAGAUGUGUCAUUUACUCCAGUACCUUUGUGACUGCCAGAUACGCCACCGGAUAGAAGCCAUUGUAGCAUUUUCAGAUGACUUUGUAGCAAAGCUUCAAGAGAAUCAGCGUUUCCGAUACAACGAAGUUAUGCAGGCAUUAAAUAUGUCUGCAGCACUGACAGCCAAGAAAACAAAAGAGUUUCGGUCACCACCACAGGAACAGAUUAAUAUGCUGCUGAAUUUUAAGGAUGAUAAAAAUGAUUGUCCUUGUGCAGAAGAAAUAAGGGAUCACCUCUUGGAUUUUCAUGAAGAUUUGAUGGCACAUUGUGGAAUUCAGCUAGAUGAAGAUGGAAUUCUAGAUGGAAACAGUGAUUUAACUAUUAAAGGUCGGCUGCUAUACCUAGUGGAAAGAGUGACACACUUGAAAAAGAAACAAGCAGAGAAGCCAGUGGACAAUGAUGCCAAGAAGCCAUCAACUCUCCAACAGCUGAUAUCAGAGACCAUGGUACGAUGGGCUCAGGAGUCAGUAAUAGAAGACCCAGAGUUGGUGAGGGCUAUGUUUGUUUUGCUACACCGUCAGUAUGAUGGAGUCGGUGGCCUGGUUCGAGCUUUGCCAAAGACAUACACUAUAAAUGGUGUAUCUGUGGAAGAUACAAUCAACUUGCUUGCAUCUCUGGGCCAGAUCCGUUCUCUCCUCAGUGUUAGAAUGGGCAAGGAAGAAGAGAAGCUUAUGAUUCGCGGAUUAGGGGAUAUUAUGAACAAUAAGGUUUUUUACCAGCAUCCUAAUCUUAUGAGGGCAUUGGGGAUGCAUGAAACUGUCAUGGAAGUAAUGGUGAAUGUACUUGGAGGAGGGGAGUCAAAGGAAAUCACCUUUCCUAAGAUGGUGGCAAAUUGCUGUCGUUUUCUAUGUUAUUUUUGCCGCAUCAGUAGACAGAAUCAAAAGGCUAUGUUUGAUCAUCUUAGCUAUCUUUUGGAAAACAGUAGUGUUGGGCUUGCAUCUCCUUCUAUGCGUGGAUCAACACCUUUAGAUGUUGCAGCAGCAUCUGUAAUGGAUAAUAAUGAACUUGCACUAGCUUUAAGGGAGCCUGAUUUAGAGAAGGUAGUCCGCUACCUGGCUGGAUGUGGUUUGCAAAGCUGUCCUUUGCUGAUUUCUAAAGGCUACCCGGAUAUUGGAUGGAAUCCAGUUGAAGGAGAACGAUAUUUGGAUUUUCUUCGUUUUGCUGUUUUUUGCAAUGGAGAGAGUGUUGAGGAGAAUGCUAAUGUGGUGGUCAGACUGCUUAUACGGCGCCCUGAGUGCUUUGGGCCAGCACUGAGAGGAGAAGGUGGAAACGGCUUGCUUGCUGCCAUGGAAGAAGCCAUAAACAUAUCAGAAGACCCUACAAGAGAUGGACCUUCACCAAGUAAUGGAUCCAAUAGAACACUAAGUGAGGUGGAAGAAGAGGAUGACACUAUUCACAUGGGAAAUGCCAUCAUGACCUUUUAUGCUGCUUUGAUCGAUCUCCUAGGACGCUGCGCUCCAGAAAUGCAUCUAAUCCAUGCUGGUAAAGGGGAAGCCAUUAGAAUCAGAUCUAUUCUGCGGUCUUUGAUUCCUUUGGAAGAUUUGGUGGGCGUAAUUAGCAUUCCUUUCCACAUGCCAACAAUAGCAAAAGAUGGUACUGUGGUGGAACCUGAUAUGUCAGAGGGGUUUUGCCCAGACCACAAGGCAGCCAUGGUAUUAUUCCUUGACAGGGUCUAUGGAAUUGAAGACCAGGAUUUUCUUCUACAUCUUCUAGAAGUUGGCUUCCUUCCAGAUCUUCGUGCUGCUGCUUCGUUAGAUACGGUUGCUCUGAGUGCUACAGAUAUGGCCCUGGCUCUCAAUCGGUACCUCUGCACUGCUGUUUUGCCUUUAUUAACUAGAUGUGCUCCUCUUUUUGCUGGCACAGAACACCAUGCUUCCCUUAUAGAUUCCUUGCUACAUACUGUAUAUCGACUCUCCAAGGGCUGCUCUCUUACCAAAGCUCAGCGGGACUCUAUUGAAGAGUGCCUACUCUCCAUUUGUGGUCAACUGAGGCCUUCAAUGAUGCAACAUUUGUUGAGAAGAUUAGUGUUUGAUAUUCCUCUACUAAAUGAACACGCAAAGAUGCCUCUAAAGCUGCUGACCAAUCAUUAUGAAAGAUGCUGGAAGUAUUACUGUUUACCAGGAGGAUGGGGCAACUUUGGUGCUGCUUCAGAAGAGGAACUUCAUUUAUCCAGAAAGUUGUUCUGGGGUAUUUUUGAUGCCUUAUCUCAAAAGAAAUAUGAACAGGAACUAUUCAAACUAGCUUUGCCCUGCCUGAGUGCCGUUGCAGGAGCUUUACCUCCUGAUUACAUGGAAUCAAAUUAUGUUGGUGUGAUGGAAAAACAGGCUUCCAUGGAUUCAGAUGGGAACUUUAAUCCACAACCUGUUGAUACUUCAAACAUUACAAUUCCUGAAAAACUAGACUACUUUAUUAACAAAUAUGCUGAACAUUCCCAUGAUAAAUGGUGCAUGGAAAAGUUUGCAAAUGGGUGGAUAUAUGGUGAAACAUACUCAGAAUCUUCCAAAGUGCAGCCAUUAAUGAAACAAUAUAAACUAUUAUCAGAAAAGGAAAAAGAAAUUUACAGAUGGCCAAUCAAAGAGUCUCUGAAAACUAUGCUUGCUUGGGGAUGGCGGGUUGAAAGAACAAGGGAAGGAGAUACUAUGGCACUUUAUAAUAGGCCACGUCGAAUAUCACAGACAAGUCAGGUUUCUGUAGAUACUGUCCAUGGCUAUAGUCCCCGUGCAAUUGACAUGAGUAAUGUUACCCUCUCCAGAGAGCUGCAUGCUAUGGCUGAGAUGAUGGCUGAAAACUAUCACAACAUAUGGGCAAAGAAAAAGAAAAUGGAACUAGAGGCCAAAGUGGGAGGAGGAAACCAUCCCUUACUUGUUCCCUAUGAUACACUGACAGCCAAAGAAAAGGCGAAGGACAGAGAGAAAGCCCAAGAUAUCCUGAAGUUUCUGCAGAUCAAUGGAUAUGUCGUCUCCCGAGGUCUGAAGGAUAUAGAGUUAGACACACCUUCCAUUGAGAAACGGUUUGCUUACAGUUUUCUUCAGCAGCUGAUAAGAUAUGUAGAUGAAGCCCAUCAGUAUAUCCUGGAGUUUGAUGGUGGCAGUAGAGGCAAAGGAGAACAAUUUCCUUAUGAACAAGAAAUCAAGUUCUUUGCUAAAGUUGUACUUCCUUUAAUUGAUCAGUAUUUCAAAAACCAUCGGCUGUAUUUCCUAUCUGCAGCAAGCAGGCCUCUCAGCAGUGGGGGGCAUGCCUCUAACAAGGAGAAAGAAAUGGUAACAAGCCUAUUCUGCAAACUUGGAGUUCUUGUCAGGCAUAGGAUUUCACUGUUUGGAAAUGAUGCAACUUCAAUAGUCAAUUGUCUUCAUAUCUUGGGCCAGACUUUGGAUGCAAGGACAGUGAUGAAGACAGGUUUAGAGUCUGUUAAGAUGGCUUUGCGGACAUUUUUGGAUAAUGCUGCAGAGGACCUGGAGAAGACAAUGGAGAACCUUAAACAAGGACAGUUCACACACACCAGGAGUCAGCCGAAAGGAGUGACACAAAUAAUUAACUACACCACAGUGGCUCUCCUGCCAGUGCUGUCUUCAUUAUUUGAACACAUUGGACAGCAUCAGUUUGGAGAAGACCUGAUAUUGGAAGAUGUACAAGUUUCUUGUUACAGAAUAUUGGCCAGCUUGUAUGCUCUGGGAACCAGCAAGAGUAUCUAUGUGGAGCGGCAGCGCUCAGCUUUAGGUGAAUGCUUAGCUGCGUUUGCUGGUGCCUUUCCUGUGGCAUUUCUAGAAACUCAUCUGAACAAUCACAACACCUAUUCUAUUUACAACACCAAGACUGCAAGAGAUAGAGCAGGUAUCAGUUUACCAGAUAGUGUAGAAGAGCUUUGUCCAAACAUUCCUUCCCUGGAGAAGCUAAUGGAAGAAAUUGUGGAAUUGGCUGAAUCUGGCAUUCGCUAUACACAAAUGCCUCAUGUAAUGGAAGUUGUAUUGCCUAUGCUUUGUAGUUACAUGUCACAUUGGUGGGAAUAUGGGCCAGAAAGCAAUCCAGACAGAAGUGAAAUGUGCUGCACAGCUUUGACUUCAGAACAUAUGAAUACCCUGCUUGGGAACAUACUGAAAAUCAUACAUAAUAACUUGGGCAUAGAUGAGGGAGCCUGGAUGAAGAGAUUGGCAGUGUUUUCUCAGCCUAUCAUAAGCAAAGUGAAGCCCCAGCUUCUGAAAACGCAUUUUCUGCCACUGAUGGAGAAACUGAAGAAAAAAGCUGCCAUGGUUAUCUCUGACGAAGAACACUUAAGAGCAGAAGGCAGGGGAGACAUGUCUGAGGCAGAACUCCUCAUCCUAGAUGAGUUCACUACACUAGCUCGGGACCUUUAUGCCUUCUACCCAUUGUUGAUCAGAUUUGUGGACUACAACAGAGCAAAAUGGCUUAAAGAACCCAACUCGGAGGCUGAAGACUUGUUUCGUAUGGUUGCUGAGGUAUUCAUUUAUUGGUCAAAAUCCCACAAUUUUAAAAGGGAAGAACAGAAUUUUGUUGUGCAGAAUGAAAUCAACAACAUGUCCUUUCUUAUUACCGACACUAAGUCCAAGAUGUCCAAGGCAGCUGUUUCUGAUCAGGAAAGGAAAAAAAUGAAGCGGAAAGGAGAUCGUUAUUCAACACAGACCUCUCUUAUUGUGGCAGCUUUAAAAAGAUUGCUACCUGUUGGACUAAAUAUUUGUGCUCCUGGUGACCAAGAAUUAAUUGCACUGGCGAAACACAGAUUAAGUAUGAAAGACACCGAGGAUGAAGUUCGAGAUAUUAUUCGUAAUAACCUUCAUUUGCAGGGGAAGCUUGAAGAUCCUGCCAUUAGGUGGCAGGUAGCCCUUUACAAAGAUCUGCCAAACAGGACUGAAGUUACUUCAGAUCCAGAGAAGACAGUGGAACGGGUUCUCGAUAUAGCUAAUGUGCUUUUUCAUCUGGAACAGGUUGAACAUCCGCAGAGAUCAAAAAAAGCAGUAUGGCAUAAACUUCUAUCCAAACAGAGAAAAAGAGCAGUGGUAGCUUGUUUCAGAAUGGCACCGCUAUAUAAUCUUCCACGGCAUCGAGCUGUCAAUCUUUUUCUUCAAGGAUAUGAAAAAUCCUGGGUAGAAACAGAAGACCACUACUUUGAAGAUACACUGAUAGAAGACCUAGCAAAACCAGGAAAAGAACCACCAGAGGAAGAUGAAUGCAUUAAGAGAGUGGAUCCUUUGCAUCAGCUUAUUUUACUGUUCAGUCGAACAGCAUUAACUGAAAAAUGUAAACUUGAGGAAGAUUACCUUUAUAUGGCGUAUGCUGAUAUUAUGGCAAAGAGCUGUCAUGAUGAAGAAGAUGAUGACGGUGAAGAGGAGGUGAAGAGUUUUGAAGUCACAGGAUCCCAACGCAGCAAGGAAAAAGAAAUGGAGAAGCAAAAGCUUCUGUACCAGCAAGCAAGACUUCAUGAUCGGGGAGCUGCUGAGAUGGUCCUUCAGACAAUUAGUGCCAGCAAAGGUGAGAUGGGGCCAAUGGUUGCAGCCACCCUAAAACUUGGAAUUGCCAUUUUGAAUGGAGGAAAUUCUACUGUUCAACAGAAAAUGCUUGACUACCUCAAGGACAAAAAAGAUGUAGGCUUCUUUCAGAGCCUUGCUGGUCUUAUGCAGUCUUGCAGUGUUCUUGACCUAAAUGCUUUUGAACGUCAAAACAAAGCAGAGGGCCUUGGAAUGGUAACAGAAGAAGGAUCAGGAGAAAAGGUGAUGCAAGAUGAUGAAUUUACAUGUGACCUCUUUCGGUUCCUUCAGUUGCUUUGCGAAGGGCACAGCUCAGACUUUCAGAAUUAUUUGAGGACUCAGACUGGUAACAAUACAACUGUCAAUAUUAUCAUAUCUACUGUGGAUUAUUUAUUGAGAGUUCAGGAAUCAAUUAGUGAUUUCUAUUGGUAUUAUUCUGGAAAGGAUGUUAUUGAUGAACAAGGACAACGUAAUUUCUCUAAAGCAAUACAAGUUGCAAAGCAGGUCUUCAAUACUCUUACAGAAUAUAUUCAGGGACCGUGUACAGGUAACCAGCAGAGUCUGGCACAUAGCAGGCUAUGGGAUGCUGUGGUUGGGUUUCUUCAUGUAUUUGCCCACAUGCAGAUGAAGCUCUCUCAGGACUCUAGCCAAAUUGAAUUACUGAAAGAAUUAAUGGAUCUUCAGAAGGAUAUGGUGGUCAUGCUGCUAUCUAUGUUAGAAGGUAAUGUUGUGAAUGGAACCAUUGGCAAGCAGAUGGUUGACAUGCUAGUGGAAUCUUCCAACAACGUAGAAAUGAUUUUAAAGUUUUUUGAUAUGUUUCUAAAACUGAAGGAUUUAACUUUCUCGGAUGCCUUUAAAGAAUAUGAUCCUGAUGGUAAGGGCAUCAUUUCAAAAAGAGAUUUCCACAAAGCAAUGGAGAGCCAUAAGCACUACACCCAAUCCGAAACAGAGUUUCUGCUCUCUUGUGCUGAAACCGAUGAGAACGAGACUCUCGACUACGAGGAAUUUGUGAAGCGGUUUCACGAGCCAGCCAAAGACAUUGGCUUCAACGUUGCUGUCCUCCUGACAAACCUGUCUGAGCACAUGCCUCAUGAUACUCGAUUGCAGACUUUCCUUGAACUGGCAGACAGCGUUCUGAACUAUUUCCAGCCCUUCUUAGGCCGCAUAGAAAUAAUGGGCAGUGCAAAGCGCAUUGAACGUGUUUAUUUUGAGAUAAGUGAAUCAAGUCGGACACAGUGGGAAAAACCUCAAGUUAAAGAGUCAAAGCGACAGUUUAUCUUUGAUGUAGUAAACGAAGGUGGUGAAAAGGAAAAAAUGGAACUUUUUGUUAAUUUCUGUGAGGAUACCAUCUUUGAGAUGCAGUUGGCUGCUCAGAUCUCUGAAUCGGAUUUGAAUGAGAGGUCUAUAAAUAAAGAAGAAAAUGAGCAUGAGAAACCCGAGGAACAGGAUCCUAGAAUGGGCUUCUUCUCUCUAGUGACUGUCAAAUCAGCUUUAGUAGCUCUCAGGUAUAACAUUAUGACACUCGUGAAAAUGCUAAGCAUGAAAAGUAUAAAGAAGCAGAUGAAGAGGGUGAAAAAAAUGACCAUGAAGGACAUGAUAAUGGCUUCAUUUUCUUCCUACUGGAGCAUUUUAAUGGGCUUGAUGCAUUUCAUAGCAAGCGUCUUCCGAGGCUUCUUUCAGAUCAUGUACAGCUUGCUGCUUGGAGGAAGCCUGGUCGAAGGGGCUAAGAAAAUCAAGGUGGCUGAACUGUUAGCAAACAUGCCUGACCCCACUCAAGAUGAGGUGCGGGGCGAAGGGGAAGAAACGGAACGGAAGCCCGCGGAAGCUGCCUUGCCUGCAGAAGACCUAACAGAUCUUAAAGCCUUGUCGGAGGACAGCGACCUACUGUCCGACAUAUUUGGCUUGGAUUUAAAAAGAGAGGGAGGACAAUAUAAACUAAUCCCACAUAAUCCAAAUGCAGGCCUGAGUGAUUUGUUGAGCAGCCCAGCUUUACUCCCUUUACCUGAAGUGCAAGAAAAAAUACAGGACCAGAAAGUGAAUGAAGACGAAAAAGAGGAGAGAGAAGAAACUAAAUUUGAACCUGAAAAAGCAGAAGGAGAAGAUGGAGAAAAGGAGGAGAAAAAAGAAGAUAAAGAAAAACAGAAACAAAGACAGCAUCACAAACAUAGGCACGGAGAACCAGAAAUGCAAGAAUCAGCCUUCUGGAAGAAAAUUAUUGCAUACCAACAGAAACUUCUCAACUAUUUUGCUCGGAAUUUCUACAAUAUGCGGAUGCUGGCUUUGUUUGUUGCAUUUGCCAUUAACUUCAUUCUUCUCUUCUAUAAGGUUUCCACCUCUGCAGUAAUUGAAGAAAAGGAGGUUCCUGUGGUUGACACUGCUGAAAACUCCAAGCUAAGCAGCCUGGAAAGUCCUUCUCAUCGAAUCAUCACAGUGCACUAUGUCCUUGAAGAAAGCAGUGGCUACAUGGAACCUACACUCCGUAUUUUAGCCAUUCUGCACACGGUCAUCUCCUUUUUCUGCAUCAUUGGCUAUUACUGUUUGAAAGUUCCACUGGUUAUAUUUAAACGAGAAAAAGAAGUUGCAAGGAAAUUGGAAUUUGAUGGGCUGUAUAUUACAGAACAGCCUUCAGAAGACGAUAUUAAAGGGCAGUGGGAUAGACUUGUCAUCAACACACAGUCAUUUCCUAAUAACUAUUGGGACAAGUUUGUGAAAAGGAAGGUUAUGGAUAAAUACGGAGAGUUCUACGGCAAGGACAGAAUCAGUGAAUUGCUGGGAAUGGACAAAGCUGCUCUGGAUUUUAGCGAUGCCCGAGAAAAAAAGAAACCCAAAAAAGAUAGUUCUUUAUCAGCUGUGCUGAAUUCUAUUGAUGUAAAGUAUCAGAUGUGGAAAUUAGGAGUUGUUUUCACCGAUAAUUCAUUUCUUUACCUGGCCUGGUAUAUGACCAUGUCAAUCCUUGGUCAUUACAACAACUUUUUCUUUGCUGCUCAUCUCCUUGACAUAGCAAUGGGAUUCAAAACACUGCGAACUAUUCUGUCAUCAGUGACCCACAAUGGGAAACAGCUUGUGCUGACAGUGGGGUUGUUGGCAGUGGUUGUUUACCUAUACACAGUGGUCGCCUUCAAUUUUUUCCGAAAAUUCUACAAUAAGAGUGAAGAUGGAGAUAUGCCAGAUAUGAAAUGUGAUGAUAUGCUAACGUGCUACAUGUUUCACAUGUAUGUGGGAGUGCGUGCUGGUGGUGGAAUUGGUGAUGAAAUUGAAGAUCCAGCAGGCGAUGAAUAUGAAAUCUAUCGAAUCAUCUUUGAUAUCACAUUUUUCUUCUUUGUAAUUGUUAUUCUACUAGCUAUCAUACAAGGAUUAAUUAUUGAUGCAUUUGGAGAAUUAAGAGAUCAGCAAGAACAAGUUAAAGAAGACAUGGAGACCAAAUGCUUUAUCUGUGGGAUAGGUAAUGAUUAUUUUGACACAGUGCCACAUGGUUUUGAAACACACACUCUACAGGAGCACAACUUGGCUAAUUAUCUAUUUUUCCUGAUGUAUCUCAUUAAUAAAGAUGAAACAGAACAUACUGGACAGGAAUCCUACGUAUGGAAAAUGUACCAGGAGCGAUGCUGGGAAUUUUUCCCUGCUGGUGAUUGCUUUCGAAAGCAGUAUGAAGACCAGUUGAACUAAUUAUAGUUGAGGACCAUCUCUUGAGAAACCAUCCACACCUCUCCCAACUCCUUUGGGAAACAUCUACGAGAUUUCCUGGUUCUGUUACGCAGUGCGCUGUUUGGAGCACCAAAGUGUUUUUUGAUGACUCAGCUGUCCUUUUUUCUUCUGGGUUUGCUUUGAGAACAAUGAGAACUCAACUCUGGGAAGAGGAGAGAAAAAAAUCCCACACAACAAAUCCCCAUACAUAACAUGAACCCAUACACACAAGAGACUUGAGACAGCUUUUUUCCCUCUGAGACUGCCUGAUGACUCCCUUAACUAGGAGAACACACAUGGGAUAAUGUGAUAGCCACAUUCAUUCAGUCUAUUUAUUUCAUCAUCCUGGAAGGAACUCUGUAGUUCUCAGAGUGCUGUAAAGGAUUUUUGUGGACACUAAGUUGUGGGGAAAUAGUGCCUUACUAUAUGUAGGUUGAGCUAUGCAGAAGAUGAGUGCAUGAUGACAUCUUAUAUUUUCUUUAUUUGCCCUCUUUUUCCUCCCAGUUAAUAUUUAUUUUGUCUUCUGGAGGGACUUGGGUGGGCUUUGGCUGUGCACACCUUUUUAAUAAGACUAUGGCGUGUCUCAGGAUAAAAAGUAGUUUUUUCUCAUCAAGCUAAAUUCACAGGUAUCUUCCUCUUUAAUCUCUUACAUUUAUUUUGGUAAUGCUCUGAUGCAGCACUGCAACUUUAUGAAAUCUUUGUAUGAAAACAAAAAGACUGCAGAAAAAACUUCAAAAAGAAUUAUUUCAUUGCAUGUUUAUUAUGCAAGUUUAAACAACAAAAAAGCAACCUUCUGAAGCAAGUUGAUCAACAUGAGAAAACAUUCACGAUAAUAUUCAUAGUAAUAAAGUGUUGUGGGCUUUAUUGUACAUUUGGAACCAGUGUCAUCAACCCACUAUGUAUAUGUUAUGAACUUGCCAGUAGUUUGGUUUUACUUUCUUUUUCUGUUAACUUUUCUUUUGGUUCAUUUUGCCAUUUGUGAUCAUUAGUGGAAUUAAAGAUUU